GGAAGCUCAGCCCUGCGCUCCUUGGCCACGGCUCGGCUUUGCUCUGGGUGUUGGGAUGUAGGGGAGGCAGUGGAGAUGCUUUGGGCGCCGCCGAGAGCACGAGAUGGACCCCAAAGGGAAGGGCAGCCCCACGGUGACAAUGACAGCGUUGGCACGCAGCCUGUCCCAAUUAAUGGAUUCUGACAUGGAUUAUGAGAGGCCAAACGUAGAAACUAUCAAGUGCGUCGUGGUCGGGGACAACGCGGUGGGCAAGACCCGGCUCAUCUGCGCCCGCGCCUGCAACGCCACGCUCACCCAGUACCAGCUCCUCGCCACCCACGUGCCCACGGUGUGGGCCAUCGACCAGUACCGUGUGUGCCAGGAGGUGCUGGAGCGCUCGCGGGAUGUGGUAGAUGAUGUCAGCGUGUCCCUGCGGCUCUGGGACACCUUUGGAGACCACCACAAAGACCGGCGCUUUGCGUAUGGCAGAUCCGACGUCGUGGUUUUGUGCUUCUCCAUCGCCAACCCCAACUCCCUGCACCAUGUGAAGACCAUGUGGUACCCGGAGAUCAAACACUUCUGUCCCCGCGCGCCCGUCAUCCUGGUGGGCUGCCAGCUGGACCUGCGCUACGCCGACCUGGAGGCCGUCAACCGGGCACGGCGUCCCUUGGCCAGGCCAAUCAAACCCAACGAGAUCCUUCCCCCGGAGAAGGGAAGGGAGGUGGCCAAAGAACUGGGGAUCCCCUAUUACGAGACGAGCGUGGUGGCUCAGUUUGGCAUCAAGGACGUCUUCGACAACGCCAUCCGUGCCGCCCUCAUCUCCCGCCGUCACCUGCAGUUCUGGAAGUCCCAUCUACGCAACGUGCAGCGGCCCCUCCUCCAAGCCCCCUUCCUGCCCCCCAGGCCCCCUCCGCCCAUCAUCGUGGUGCCGGAUCCCCCGUCCAACAACGAGGAGCACCCGGCCCACCUCUUGGAGGACCCCCUGUGCGCGGACGUCAUCCUGGUGCUGCAAGAGAAGAUCAAAAUCUACGCUCACAAGAUCUACCUCUCCACCUCCUCCUCCAAGUUUUACGACCUGUUCCUCAUGGACCUGAGCGAGGAGGACCAGCAGAGCAGUGCAGGGCAUGGUUUUGGGGUUGCCGUCACCGCAGCGGCCGAGAGGAUGCUGCACCAAGAGGAGAGGCAUCACGGACGGGAUUUCCUCCUCCGAGCUGCGAGCUUUGAUAUCUGUGAAAGCACCGAGGAGGGCGGCUCCGGCCAGCGAAAACCGUGCCUUAGAGCCUCCACCAGUGAUGGGAUCCUACGGGGGAACCGCUACGAGAACGGGGAACGCGGGCUGCGACGGGGACGGGACCUCUCCUCUUGGAGCCGGGCCUUCAUCAGCAUCCAGGAGGAGAUGGCCGAAGACCCGUUGACCUACAAAUCCAAGCUGAUGGUGGUGGUGAAGAUGGAUGCUUCCAUCCAACCGGGCCCUUUCCGGGCCGUGCUGAAGUAUUUGUACACCGGGGAGCUGGAUGAGAAGGAGCGGGACCUCAUGCACAUCGCUCACAUCGCGGAGCUGCUGGAGGUGUUCGACCUCCGCAUGAUGGUGGCCAACAUCCUCAACAACGAGGCGUUCAUGAACCAGGAGAUCACCAAAGCCUUCCACGUCCGGAGGACGAACCGGGUGAAGGAAUGCCUGGCCAAGGGGACUUUCUCGGAUGUCACCUUCGUGCUGGAUGACGGUGCUAUCAGUGCCCACAAGCCCCUGCUCAUCUCCAGCUGCGACUGGAUGGCCGCGAUGUUCGGCGGUCCCUUCGUGGAGAGCUCCACUAAUGAGGUGGCACUUCCUUACACCAGCAAGAGCUGCAUGCGGGCCGUGCUGGAGUAUCUUUACACGGGGCAGUUCAGCUCCAGCCCUGACCUCGAUGACAUGAAGCUCAUCAUCUUGGCCAACCGCCUCUGCCUGCCCCACUUGGUGGCUCUUACCGAGCAGUACACCGUCACCGGGCUGAUGGAAGCUGCGCAGAUGAUGGUGGACAUCGAUGGGGACGUGCUGGUGUUCCUGGAGCUGGCACAGUUCCACUGCGCCUACCAGCUCGCCGACUGGUGCCUCCACCACAUCUGCACCAACUACAACAACGUCUGCCGCAAGUUUCCCCGCGACAUGAAGGCCAUGUCGGGAGAGAACCAGGAGUACUUCGAGAAGCACCGCUGGCCGCCGGUGUGGUACCUGAAGGAGGAGGACCACUACCAGCGGGCCAAGAAGGAGCGGGAGAAGGAAGACUACCUCCACCUCAAACGGCAGCCCAAGAGGCGGUGGCUCUUCUGGAACUCCCCUUCCUCCUCUCCUUCAUCGUCGGCGGCCACAGCCUCCUCCUCUUCCUCCUCCUCCUCCUCCUCGGCUGUGGUUUGAUCCUUGCUGCGGCUCCAGGAGAUGAGGAGGAGGAAGGCCGCCCGGCGCCCGUUGGGUGCCACCAAUGGGUGCCCCCAGGAGAUGGAGGGAGUGCAUCCCCACAGCGAGGGCUCUGCUGUCCACGUGCCAGCGCCGGGACUGGCACAAAGCAGCAGGAGAAGAGGUGACAGGAGCGCGAGGGCUGUCUGGUUUUGUUUUCAUUCAUUCUUUCUUUCCAACAUCAACCGCAUGAGGAAGAAGAAGAGAAGCGUCCUGCUUCCACCUUUCAGUUGUAACCAGGAGCUGCAGGGUAGGGUUGGGUUUUGUGGGAUGCCAUCCUGCUGCCCCUUGGACUUGCAGUAGGGUGAGGAGGGAGCCCGGUCCCCAGAGGACCAAGGAGAGGAUCCUACUUGGCUGCAGGAGCCACGCACCGCAGCUCCAUCCGCUUCCAUGGAGGGCUGUCCCAGUUUGGGCAACUGCUGGGAAAAAGAGCCCCUCUCCUCCACCUCUCCCCGUGGAAAGUUUGGGCCUCAGCAGUGCAAGAGCCCAGGGUGCACACGUUUCACCAAAAAGAAAUUUGAAGCAAAAAAAAAAAAAAAAAAAUUACAUAUAUAUACAUACAUAUAUAAAUAUAUAUAUAUAUGUAUGUAUACAUAUAUAAGACCACCAAAAAAGCCAAAAGAAACCACCAACCCCCACCCCCAACACCCAACCCCACGCUCCCAGCCUGGGAGCCGAGCCUGAAAGGCUCCGUUGUAAUAAAUGCUAUUUGAAAAGCCCAGCGUAGUCCCUGUGUGUUUGGGAGGAGCGGAGAAGCACCGCAAGGAUGCAGCCCUUAACAACCCAGAUCCCGUGGCAGCGAUGCUCCUGGGUGAUGCUCUGUGUCACCGCUCUUUUUGGAUGCUCAGCCGUGGAUGAGGGAGCACAGGAGCAGAUGCAGCGGGUGCAAUGCUUUGCAGCAGGUAGGAUGAGGUUUUGUUCCCUUUGGAAAGCAUCCCCACCGUGCAUGUCCUGCAGGAGCUGCCCCUGCUGGGUUUGCAUGCAGAGCACAGUGCCAGGCUGUUGUCCCCCUCCCUGUGCUGGCAGCUCCUGCUUUGGGUGCUUGCAAUGAGAAAUGCCCUGCAUGUGAUCCAGCAGGAUGGCUGGGGGCAGCUCUGGGGUUUUUGCAAGCACCGCAUGGAUUUGCAUUGCAGCUCCAGCAGCACACAGCCUGUUUGCACCAGGGACCGAGCUUGCAGCCUCCUGCUUCUACAGGCAGCUAAAGAGCAUGGGACCCGUGGCAAAAGCAGCAGCAGUUUGCUGCUGAGGACCUGCAGCAGCAUUGCUGGUGGGGAUGCAGAGCUCUGCAAUGUCCAGGGCAUGCGAAGCUAAAACGUAACGGCAAAGCAAAGGGGAAAAAGGGAUGAGGAAUCAGGAUUGUUGUUUUUAAGUUUAUUCUUCCUUCAUAAAGACAGGUGUAAAAAAAAAUCCUGGAUAAAACUAACUGGCUGGGCCAGAGCUCUGUAUAAAAACACACCGUCACGCAUAGUAAAAAAAAAACCAAAAACAACCAGCUAUUUUUAUAUUAUAAGUU